GCAGAGAUUGUGACGCGGCUCAGUGCUGUGGCGUCUUCCAUAGGAACCCCAUUCUGUCGGUUCGACACAACGUCGAGAGACCGACAGAAAGGGAACGUCUUGGUUACGGAUGUAACCUCGGUUCCCUGAUGGAGGGAACGAGACGUUGUGUCCCUCAUGCCACAACACUGGCCGCCCACCCCAGCGGUCGGGGGAGGAUGCUUUAGGCUCCUCAGACCAAAGGUGAAUGAAUGAGCAUGGAGCAACAUCCGGGGAGGAGCCGGCAUGCAAAUUUCAUUCGCCAAUUUUCAUUGGUCUUUUUUAAAUACUCAGAAGAUGAUAGGUUCUCAAGACAAACCCCAUUCUGUCGGUUCGACACAACAUCUCGUUCCCUCCAUCAGGGAACCGAGGUUACAUCCGUAACCAAGACGUUUUCCACCUGUAACACAAAAAGUUAAUUAAUGAAUUUGUUAGGGCUCUUUUUACAUAGGGAUUGUGUCCUCAAUGCUAUAAAGUUUGCUUUGUAAUAAAUUAAAUGAAUUUAAUUUAUCUUUCUUUUUUUAAUUCUUUCUGAUCCAUCAGGACUGUUUUUCCAAGAGUCCACAGAAAAGACUAACCUGUAACUUAUUCUACACUUUCAAUUUGUCCAAUGAAAAGGGAUUAUGCAUCACUGUUACUACAAACCCUAAAAACUGUGGAAACAAACUUCCCAGCCUACCAAGCAACUUUACCAUCCCUUCACCCCCAGGUUGGACAAAUCAAAUCAAUACAGUGCAAUUGUCAUGAUUCUGCCUCAUCAUGUCAUGUCUUUAUGGUCUUGUGGCAGAAUCAUGGCAGAGCCUCGUGUUUUGUGUGGAGAGAAACAUAUUACUGCAUUAUUACCAUGCAGUUGAGCUGCUCGACAAAAUAAAAUAUAACAGUGCGAGGGCAGAGAAGACUACAGAACGGCAAUGGCAUGUGCCAAAAAACAAACAAAUCUUUCAUUUUGGCAGAAGACGAAGAAAGGUAACUUUAGUGUGCGAGAACAUACACGCAGACGAAAAUGUACACCUAGGUGCAACUCAUGAUAUAAAAAUCCGUAUUAUCACAACAAGCCCGCACAGUUUUUCAUGUUUCUGCUAUUGCAGCAUAAUCUUAAUCAAGAUCAAUGCAAAGAUAGCAAAACAUUUUUUUAUCAAAUUGUGAUGCAUUAUUUUUACGAGGAUAAUGCACAGAUGUUGCCUGUCUCGCAUGUGAGGUCAGUGAGUGGUCUGUGGGUUCCUUGCCACUGUUUGCAUAUUGUUUGAGAAGGGUCUGGCUGCAGAUGAUACACUGUCAGCCGCGCAUGCGCACUUAGACACAUGCACUCUCUGCACAUGCGCACUUUGUAGUGGGUCGAAGACAGAAAUAUGUCAAAAUACUGUUUACAAACGGCAUGACAUAAAAGAAUGUCCUGUUAAACUGACAGAAAAUACAUGAAAAUGAAAAAGUAUUUCACGAAGUGGACUGUAAAAUCCUAUUUUCAAAAGGUGGAGAUUUUCUUUUUAAGAUACCGUAAAGACUGGCGAUUCAGGUCACGGCCAAGAUUUAUGUAAAUUAUAGCUGAAAGACAUUAUUGAACAUCUACACUAAUGUGAGAUGUAUUGGGGACAUUUAUUGUGAAAUUUGGGUUAUGAGUUGAAUUGAGUUGACGUGGAUACGCGAGGGGAGGAACGAGUGGUGUAGAGAUGCAGCCACCAUGGAAGACGGCUCGGCUAAUAAAGUAAGCUAAAAAAAUCAUUGUUGUCGCUCGUGAUUGCCUGCCUUAUCUUGUUGGAACCCUUCCGAAGAGUGUUUCCUUCUAUCCACACAACAACCCCUCUUACACUAAUAAUGUCUGAUUACUUCUCAUAUGUGCCUACAUAAAAGGCUAUAAUGGCAAUAUACAUUACUAUUUAACGUUUAACAAAAAAAUCGACAUCUAUGUUUUUCAAUUGUGCACUUGACAAAAGAUUCUGAGAUGCAUGUUGUCCACCACAUUCUCUAAAAAUACAGAAUCAGAAAGAGCUUUAUUGCAAAGUAUAUCUGCACAUACAAGAAAUUUGCACCCAUUGCACAAAAACAGCAGCACACAGAGUCCCUAACACAAUACAAUACACAGGUUAUCUAUAUAUAAAAAAGAAUAGAAUAGAAUAGAAUAGAAUAAAAAUAAGAUAAAGAGUGUAAAACUAUGCAUGUAUAUAUAUUGUAUCGAGUGGUGUAGAGAUGCAGCCACCAUGGAAGACGGCUCGGCUAAUAAAGUAAGCUAAAAAAAUCAUUGUUGUCGCUCGUGAUUGCCUGCCUUAUCUUGUUGGAACCCUUCCGAAGAGUGUUUCCUUCUAUCCACACAACAACCCCUCUUACAAUAAUUGGUGGCAGCGGGUUUGGAAGAUGUGCUGUAGCAUGUGAACAGAGUGUUUUUUCGGCAGGCAGUCGGACUAACUUACAUGAGAUGGAUGCGGCAGGACGAUGUGGAGGACAUCGACGCGAAGUUUAAGUUGAAAGCCUGCUGUUGUGCACGACGUAUGUUUUUCGCUGUAUUUUUUUACAGUGGCUCGGACUUUCGUUUGUGUUUUGCGGUGGUGUGACUAUAACGGAGUUACGCAAAGAUAAACCAGGCUUCAUUUUCCGGACUUCCCUUUUGGAGUUUUUGAGAAAAAUCACGUACUUUUAUUCUUUUGUUGAAGUUAAACACACUGUUUGAAGAUACACUUGCCUGCAACAAGUAACAUUAAUGUUGCGCUGGCACAGUUUUUUCUCUUCUUACGUUUUUGCGGUAAGCCUGUAACGUUACUUUUCAUUUUUGUGUGCUAAACAUACACGUGUUUGGAAAACAAUGAGUGAAGAAGAUGCAGAGCAUGACGUGCCCGUGCACAGUACCUCACAUUCAAUGCAUCACUUUGCUGGACAUUUCCCGCCCAUGUUUUUGGGGGAUGGGAAAGAAGAUUUUCUCCGCUGGUGCAGACGAUUUGAAGUUUUUGAGGAGGCCAGCUCUGAUUUCGAUAACGACAGGUUAUCCAAGCUUUUGCCCACUUGCCUUGGUGGUACAGCUUUUAGUUAUUGGGACAGUUUGCCGAGUGAAACAAAGAAAGACUACAAACUGGUGAAAGAGAAAAUGACAAGUGUUUUUGGCCAAAGAGUUUAUCUGUCCACGUUUCAAAGUUAUGUUAAUGCUCGCACACGUAUGCCUGGAGAAGCUCUUCAAGUUUUUGCUGCUGAAAUUAGCCGUUUGGUGGACGAAGCUUUUCCCACUUAUGAGGUUAAUGCAAAGAAUGGAGAAAAAUUUAGGCGUUUCAUUGCUGGCAUUGAACCUUACCUCCAGCUCCGUAUACAUGAACAAGGUGUGGACACACUGGAUACUGCACUUACCCUUGCUCUUCAAAUUGAACAAGCACAUCGAGCUAGCAAAGUUCUGCUACCAUCAUACUCACAACAGUGGACUUCACCACCAGCUGGAUCUCUCGCCGGAGCUCCAUGGAAUGUACCUGCCUCUCCUUGUACUCCUGCAACCACAGCACUUCCUGCGGUUCACUCUGCUACGUCAAGUGAUGUCACAAAACUACAGACGACUCUGGAUCGUUUGUCAGAGAGAGUGGAUCAGCUACAACUGGAGAUCACCCGACAGAGGUAUGCAAACAGACACAGUUCUUCGCCUGACCGACAUCAUCACAGCCCCUCUCCGGAUGGUGACAGAGGGCGCACAUCUGAACGGCGCAGGUAUGACAGACACUCACAUAAUAACUCUGACUCUUAUGAUCGAGGCAGAUCUUCCUACGGAGACACGAGUGGUGAUAGAGCACACUGGGAAUCACGCAGAUGUGCCGAUUAUGAUACUCGGAGUCCCAGGAGAUCACAUGAACAUGGACAACACAUUGAAAGUCGAAAUUCACCUGAGCACUCAUCUUGACAUGACCAUGGUCAGCGAGACAGGUCGCUGGACAGUUACUCAUCAAAGCGUUGGAGUCGCCGAUCACCAAGCCCAGGGCGAGUGCGCUUUCAGUCUCCUUCACAGGUCAGCCAAAACCAGGGAAACUACAAGUAGUUGACAAUGUGGGCCAGUUGCCACCUGCUAAUGAAGUCAGGCCCUCUGGUGACACUGGAGAGCCACAAGUGAUUUCAAAUUCUGUUGAUGUUAUGACUCAAUACGUGCCACUUAUAAUUGAGUACACAUUAGUUCAUGCUUUUGUGGAUAGUGGAGCUGAUGUUUCUCUUAUAAGUGAAGAUUUCAGAAUGUCUACUGCUAGUUUACGUCAAAGACCAUUAGUGAAACAGUUUCUACCUUUAACAUCUAUUUCUGGUGAUAAGCUGGAUUCAGUGGGUACACUACCAGCAAAUGUAACCUUGGGACUGCAUUCAGUGUCACAUUCUUUUCAAGUGAUCAGAAACUGCUCAAAGCCAAUUAUAUUAGGUUGGGACUUUUUGUCUGCUCAUACGAUCGUGAUGAAUGCCCAGACCAUGUCUCUUGAACUGAAGGGGGACUCUAUUUCAUUUUUGACUGUUAAUCAGCAGGUUCCUAAACUUGUGGGUGUUACAGUGUCCACCACACAAGUUGUUCCUUCCUUUUCAGAGACACUAGUCUCAGGUAAACUUUCACCACCUCAUAAGGGUUGCCAACUUGAUGGUUACACAGGUGUAUUUGAGCCUCAUUAUCAAGAGGACUCAAAAGUAGGAUUUGCAUGGACUGUUACUAAAGCAGUUCAUGGUUCAAUUUUUCUGAAAGUAGUAAAUCCUUCUUCUGAUGACAUUUCUCUUCACAGCGGCACACAGAUUGGAACUUUUUAUUCUGUGUCAGAAGGUAAACAGGAUGACUAUGUGGUGAUAGACAAAUGUGUCAAUAAUGUGAACAUUAAGGAAGCUUGUGUGGCUAACACUGUUCCAAUGUCAACGUCCAUUUCACCUGUAUUGCCAGAUAUUUCUGAUACUGACUUGUCUGAUGUGCAACAAAAACGUCUAAAAGAUUUGCUAACUUCUUUCUCUGAUGUUUUCAGUCAGCAUGCCCAUGACUAUGGCAUAACGAGUGUGGUCACUCACAAAAUCAGAACUAAAGAUGACACUCCUAUGUCGCAGCGAGCGUACAGGACCUCCCCUGCUCUCAAGGCAGAAAUGCACCGUCAGGUAGAACAAUUGAAAGCACAAGAUGUGGUUGAGGACAGUGAUAGCCCAUUUUCGAGUCCGGUAGUCAUGGUAAAGAAAAAAGACAAUACUUACAGAUUUUGCGUAGACUACCGUAAAUUGAAUUCUGUCACUGUCACUGAUGCACUCCCCUUACCUAGGGUGGAUGACAGUCUUGAUGCGUUAUCAGGGUCUCAGUACUUUUCCACUAUGGACAUGUCUGCUGGCUAUUGGCAGGUAGAGUUAGACCCUCAAGACAGACAUAAAACUGCUUUUACCACAGGAGAUGGUUUGUACCAAUUUAAGGUGAUGCCUAUGGGUCUCAAAAAUAGUCCACCGACAUUUCAGAGGCUCAUGGAGCUUGUCCUUAGAGGACUACAUUGGACAAAGUGUGUCAUUUACUUGGAUGACAUAAUCUGUAUGGGGAAAGAUUUUGAGGAUCAUCUACAGAACCUCACAGACAUUUUGGUUAGGUUUAGGGAAGCGGGUCUUAAGCUUAACCCUAGAAAAUGUCAGUUUUGCAAGGCGUCUGUGACGUACAUGGCUCAUGUUGUCUCGAAAGAUGGGUUAGCUCUGGACCCAGCUCACAGUCAGCGGGUGAGGGAUUGGCCAACACCUCAGUUUCCCACAGAGGUACGAGCAUUUCUUGGGUUAUGUAGUUAUUAUAGGCGUUUUGUUCAAAAUUAUGCCUUUAAAGCUCAUCCCUUAUACAGACUUACACACAAGGAGGUUCCCUUUGAAUGGACUGAUGACUGCGCAGCAGCAUUUCGGCAGUUGAAAGAUGCUUUGACAUCGCCUCCUGUUAUGGCAUUUCCUAAUUUCGAGAAGCCAUUUGUGCUGAGUACAGAUGCAUCUAAUGUCGCUAUUGGUGCUGUUUUAGCUCAAAUUCAGGAUGGCAACGAACGUGUGGUGGCGUAUGCUAGUCAUGUACUGUCUCCUAGUGAGCGGAGAUGGUCGACGUAUGACAAAGAAUUGUGGGCGAUAAUUUGGUCAUUCAGGCAUUUUCAUCAUUACUUGACUAAUUGCCCUUUUACCAUAGUCACAGACCACAAACCUCUUGUUGGUCUUAGGAAGUUGAAGUUUGACAUUGAUCCCACAGGACGCAGAGGUCGAUGGGCCAUGGAAUUGGAUCCAUUUGACUGGGUGAUUGUACACAAAGAUGGAAAGAGACACACAAAUGCAGAUGCUAUGUCGAGAAUUCCUGUAGUGCCACAGACAACACAGGAACCUCUGAAAAAGGCGGUAUGUACUCAAACAGAUGACUUGAGUAUCAUCUCUCAGAUUGCUGUUUCUGCUGGCAGUAGCUGCACAGAUUGUCAGGUUAGGACACGACCUCAGAUUUGCUUAACUGAAGGUGAUGUUGUCAGGAACAAUGUGUCGAGGGUAAACCUAUGGCAUACUUCUUUGUGUACUGACGGAAAAGACAUUUCCCUAUACCAGAGAGAAGAUCUUGGGCUCUCACAGGUGUAUGAUUGGGUGCAGAAUCAGGAGAGGCCUAGUCUUAGACGUGUACAUGGGAAGAUGAGACAUUUAUGGUGGCAGUUUCCCCGGUUGGGGUUGAAUAGUGGCGUGCUCUGUCGUAAAGCUCGUCUUGCCCCAGGUAAACCUGAAGUUUAUCAAGUGAUUAUUCCUGAUGCUCUCAUUUCGGACACUUUGCACUAUUUACAUGGUGAUCCAUGUUCGGGACACUAUAGUGCUGAGCGCACACUCAAAAGAGCUCAGAGUUUGUGUUUUUGGCCAGGAAUGAGAAAGGCUAUUGAGGAAUACUGUGAGUCAUGUGUUGCUUGUGAAUCCAGGAGAAAUCCUGUUCCUCAACGUCGGGCACCUCUCCAGUCUAUUAUGGCUGUGAGACCUUUUCAGAUGGUCUGUACAGAUAUUACUGAAAUGCCUGUUACUUCCAAAGGACAUAGGUAUGUGUUGGUAGUGCAAGAUCAUUUCACCAAAUAUGUCAAUGCAUAUCCAAUGGCAGAUCAGAAAGCUGGUACAGUAGCACAGUUGCUUUGUGAGCAGUACAUACCAGAGCAUGGUGUUCCAGAAGAACUAUUUUCCGAUCAGGGGCGUCAGUAUGAGUCUGAGAUUUUACAUGACAUCUGUGACAGAUUAAAAAUCAAAAAGAAACGGACCACCCCAUACCAUCCUCGUGGUAAUGGAAUGGUUGAGAGGUUCAACAGAACUUUAAAGGAUCAGUUGGCUAAAGUUCUUUUUCACAGGGAAGGUGAAUGGGAUCAGUAUUUACCUGCAGUGGUACUAUCCUUUAAUGCUACUCCUCAUUCUAGCACUGGUUAUUCGCCGUUUUUCCUAGUUCACGGUCGAGAGCCUCGCUUGCCUGUGCAUGUUCACAUUGAUUCUCCUGUAGGUGAUACCAUGGAGACUCCACAAACCUAUGGUAAUGCUUUAGCCGGUCGUAUGGAAACUGUGUUCCAAGAAGUAUUCAACAAUGGGGUUGAUCAGAGUCUUAGGCGUGAGUAUUAUUUCAACAGGCAUACUAAGUUUCAGCCUUUUAAAGUUGGAGAUCGGGUGUGGAUGAAUGAUCCUACCACACAAAGAAAGAAAUUAGACCCAAAAUGGAAAGGACCUUAUCAGGUUAUUUCUGUGGAUAUGGAUGGUAUCAUUUACACAGUGUUGGAUCAGAGUAGGGUUAAUGCAGAGCCCAAAGUUGUGCAUUAUGAUCGCUUAAAACCCUAUAGGUCAAGUUGGAAGGCACUAGUUCGCUCCUCUACAGGUGCAGGUCAGAGUGUUGAUGAAGGGGGUCGAAGGGCACAACCAACGUUCACUGCCUUGUCGGGGUCUCUUCCUUUCAUGUCAAAAGAGCUUGAGGUUCAGGGGAACAGGGACCAGGUCAUACCCACUGUUCCUCAUAUGCGUAGGCCUUCAGGCCGUAUGCCUGAGGUUCUUCGGUCAGUGCAACAGCCACUCCCAGUGCUUGAAAGAACAACUUCUGCAGUGCGGGAGCACUGUUUUUCAGAUGGUGCGGUAACCCGCUCAGGGCGUGUUAUUAAACGGCCUAGAAAGUUUUCAUGUUGAGGUUGGCAUUGAU